AUGAAGUGUGUACUCGUCAAGGACGGCCAGGGGCCCGUCGAGAACCUCUACAUCGGCGAAGAGGCGACGCCCGAGCCCAAGGCUGGCGAGGUUCAGAUCAAGAUCCAGAACUUUGGUCUCAACCGCAUGGAUCUCAGCCAGCGUGAGGGCAAGUACCCUCUCCCGCCGCAGGCGUCCAAGACCAUCCUGGGCGUUGAGUUCUCUGGCACAGUGACCAAGCUCGGAGAGGGCGCCAGCAAGUACAAGAUCGGCGAUGAGGUUUUCGGCCUUGCCUUCGGUGGCGCGUACGCCGAAUACAUUUGCAACCCCGAGACCAUGCUCAUCGCAAAGCCCAAGGAGCUGUCGUUUGUGCAGGCCGCUGCGCUGCCGGAAAACUGGAUGACCGCUUACCAGGCCCUCUUCCUCGAAGGUGGCUUCAAGAAGGGUCAGAACGUGCUCGUUCACGCCCGCGGCCCUCUACGGCUAUUCUCGGAAGGAUAUGGUGCUGAUAGCCGACAGGGUGCGUCGGGCGUUGGUGUUGCCGCGAUUCAGCUUGCCCUUCACGUCGGAGGGGCUGGCAAGGUGUUCACCACCUGCGGCACCGACGCCAAGGUCGAGUUCCUCAAAGGCGUGGGCGGCAACGACCCUCGCCUGACCGUGAUCAACUACCGGACCCAGGACUUUGCCGAGGAGGUGAAGAAGAGCGGUGAGGGUGUCGACCUCAUCAUCGACUUUGUUGGCAAGGACUACUUCCACCGUAACCUCGAGAUCCUCAACCGCGAUGGUGCCGUAGUCUACCUCUCCUUCCUCUCGGGAGCCAACGUGGACAAGGUUCCCCUCGCCACCCUCCUCUACAAGCGCCUCACUCUCAAGGGCUCGACGCUUCGCUCUCGCACGGUCGAGUACCAGGCCAAGCUCCUGGACAGCUUCAAGAACGAUGCUCUCCCGCUCAUCGUCGACGGCAAGAUGAAGGUCGAGGUUCACGAUGUGUACCCAUGGACCAAGGUCCAGGACGCUCAGAAGGACAUGGCCGCCAACAAGAACAGUGGCAAGAUUGUGUUCGAAGUUACCCCUGUUGCCUAG